AUGUCGCGAAGUUUCCUGGUGGACUCGCUAAUUGGGAACAAUUCGCCACCUGCGUAUCCGUUGCCCUAUUACGGCAACCAAUUGCCGAGCUAUAUGUUCAACUUCUUCAACCUGGGACUAGGCUACCAGCCGAUAAGACCUGUCCCAAGACCACCGGCAAUGCCAGUUCCGGUUCCAAUUAGCCCACCCGCUCUGAGAAGCCUGCCUCCGGUACCUGGCCAGAGUCCUCCAUCGCCUUUAAACAGCUGCACGAGCAGACUCUCCGAUGUUUCAGCACCGAGCGAAUCACCUUCGCGUAAUAGCACCCCGACACCGCCGCCAAAGUCACCGAAUUCCAUGAAUAACAGCUCCAAGAGGAUCCGAACGGCUUUCACGAGCACUCAAUUAUUGGAGCUGGAGCGCGAGUUCGCAUCCAACAUGUACCUCUCGCGUCUCAGGCGGAUCGAGAUCGCGACGAAUCUCAGGUUAUCCGAGAAGCAAGUGAAGAUCUGGUUCCAGAACCGACGGGUCAAGUACAAGAAGGAAGAUCUGCCGUCCGGACAGACGCAGAAGUGUUGCUGUCUGAGGACGUGCGGGAAGAGGAAAGAAGGUUGCGGCGACGACUCGUCGAGCCGGAAAUGCGAGCAGGAGGACGAGAGAUCGGCGAAGGGCGAGAAGACGGACACGAUCGACAAGUCCGUGGACGCGAUCGGACACGAGGAAUCGUCGAAUUGCACCGUGGAUCGUUUCGAGCAAUCGAUCCCUUUGUUGGCCGUCACGGACAGCUCGCUGCGGCUUCCGCCGGAAACGGAAGAGAAAUUAAAUCUGCCGCGGGUGAACGCGAUGGCCGAUCGUGUCGGUUACGAGAGGGACGUUCGCAAUUUGUCCAGGAGCUCGAAAAGGAACAUGGUCGACGUGUCGGAGGAAUCGGACGAUAAAAAGAGACGGAUCGAUGGAUCCUCCGCUUAUCAGAGCGCGAUUCGGGACACUGCUGUCGGGCCCGUGUUUAGGGGCAUGGGGUGCACCAAGCACACCGUGGAAAGGAUCGUCAAUUCGUAGGAAGAUAAAAUACGGGUCCGAGAUUG